UUAUCCGCGUCUCGCUCGCACCGACCGCGUCGCGUCGCGCCUCUGAGGUGCACUCGCUGUUCCUAUUAUUUUCGUGACGGGUAUUGCGCCGAAGCCGAUUCCCGCAUCCUCGCCCCCGAGACGCGAGGUCCGGUCUCGCGGCGGAGGCGGCGGCGGCGGCCGUUCGCAUCGCGCGCCAGUCCGCGCCCGAGGCCGAAUGUCGCAUCGGUUCGCGCCUAUGAAACUUUGUUAGCUAGUUUUCUCGGUUCGUCGAAAAUGUGGCACGUUCCUGAGUACGUAACGAGUCCGUGUCACGGCGGGUGACAGACGGACGAAACGUCAGAGUGGUUUGAUUUUAUUGGAACAGUGACGUGUGGUGAUAAGUGAGCGGAUUGUGUAUUAGCGUGCCCAUGCUACACCUGAAUGUGGAUGGAGUGCGGAGUGGAGUCGGAAGAUGCAUUUCAAAGAGUCGUUCGCCAUGAGCGAUCGACCGAACGAGCGCGGCCGCCGCAACUCCCGCUGCAAGGGUGCCGGCGUCAAAAUGGAGCACUUCCAAGCGGCGCUGGAUCCCCGCAAGCAGGAGCUGCUGGAAGCGCGCUUCCUAGGCGCCAAGGUGAGCGCGCGGGAGAAUCUUGUAGAAACACAUCGAGCCCCCGAAUGCAAGAUGAUGUCAGCUGGGUCACAAAUUCAGAUGGCACCACAAACGACUGUCAACACGGGGCAACCACUGCACAGUCAGGACUCCAAUAUGAGCACAGGGUCAUCGCAUAGUGAUAAAGAAGUUGAUGCAUUGACUCCUGAAAAGUCUGCUGCAAUGCGAGGCUCGACUGCAGCCCCAGGCGCUGCUCUUGUACCACCAAGUGGUGCAACACCUACUAUAGCUAUGCCAGAAAGAAAAAGGAAACGAAAAGGAGAAGAGGGCGUCGGCGGAGGUGGGGGCGGUGGCGGCGGCAAGCAGAGGCAUAAUUCUUCAGAUAAAAACAUUCGGGAAUAUUUCUCGAAACAUCCCUCAUCCAGUCCUGUGCGGCAUACUGGCGCCAAGUCACCGUCACCACAGGGCGCUAAUUAUCCUAUGUACCCACCGUCACCUUCGUCGUUACUGUCCACGGGAGCAGAUUUUUUACGUUCUGCUUCUCAACAGCGACCCCAUACAUCUGUUAAACAGGUUCAAACAGAACUGACAUGUCAGAGGAUACAAGAGUUAGAAACUCAAGCAUCAUCUGUUUUAGAAAUAAGAAAUAAUAGAAUAGAAGAAUUAACAAGAAGUAAUGAAGAACUGAAGCAUCAAGUUCAGGCACAGAGCAAGGUUAUAGAGCAACACAAAUCACACAUAAAUAAGUGUAUAGAAGUUGUAAAGAAGUUGUUGAAUGAGAAAAGUACUAUAGAAAAGAAGGAAGCACGGCAGCGGUGUAUGCAGAACCGGCUAAGGCUUGGCCAGUUCGUCACGCAGCGUGUCGGAGCCACCUUCCAGGAGAAUUGGACUGAUGGAUAUGCAUUUCAAGAACUCACAAGGCGGCAAGAGGAGAUAACCGCUGAAAAAGAAGAGAUCGACCGCCAAAAGAAGUUACUGUUCAAGAAGCGGCCGUCUAACAGCGAGGGCGGAGGCGGGCGCGGCAAGCGGACGUCGAGCGCGUCCGCCUCCGCACCCACCACACCGCAGCCACCGCCUUUACACAACGGCACAGACGCUCCUACCUUCCUCAAACCUGACCCCCUGCCUAGUAUGACAUGGCAGGAGUAUUACGAAGCAGACGAGAUACUAAAGUUACGACAAAGUGCAUUAAAAAAGGAAGACGCGGAUUUGCAGCUAGAGAUGGAAAAGUUAGAACGGGAAAGAAAUCUUCACAUUCGAGAAUUAAAACGGAUACAUAAUGAGGAUCAGAGUCGGUUUUCACAACAUCCUGUGCUCUCUGAUCGGUAUCUGUUACUGAUGCUGCUUGGGAAAGGUGGAUUUAGUGAGGUGCACAAGGCGUUUGACUUGCGCGAGCAACGUUACACCGCCUGUAAAGUGCACCAGUUGAACAAAGACUGGAAAGAAGACAAGAAAGCCAACUAUAUCAAACACGCGUUACGGGAGUACAACAUACAUAAAGCACUCGACCAUCCACGGAUUGUGAAAUUAUAUGAUGUUUUUGAAAUUGAUGGCAAUUCUUUUUGUACAGUUCUAGAAUACUGCAAUGGACAUGAUCUCGAUUUUUAUCUCAAGCAGCAUAAAACGAUCCCGGAGCGCGAGGCUCGAUCAAUCGUGAUGCAAGUGGUGUCUGCUCUCAAGUACUUGAACGAGAUAAAGCCACCGGUGAUACACUACGAUCUGAAGCCUGGCAACAUAUUGCUGACGGAGGGCAACGUGUGUGGCGAGAUUAAAAUCACUGACUUCGGCCUUUCUAAGGUGAUGGACGAGGAGAACUAUAAUCCUGACCAUGGAAUGGAUCUCACGAGUCAAGGCGCUGGCACUUACUGGUAUCUACCACCAGAGUGUUUUGUUGUCGGCAAGAACCCACCAAAGAUCAGUAGUAAGGUGGACGUUUGGAGUGUGGGCGUGAUCUUCUACCAAUGUCUAUAUGGCAAGAAGCCCUUCGGCCACAACCAGAGUCAAGCCACCAUACUCGAAGAAAAUACUAUACUCAAGGCGACCGACGUGCAGUUCGCCAAUAAACCCACUGUCAGUAACGAGGCUAAGAGCUUCAUCCGAGCGUGCUUGGCGUACCGCAAGGAGGAGCGAAUCGACGUGUUCGGGCUAGCGCGACACGAGUACCUACAGCCGCCGAUGCCGAAACCGCGCGGUGCGGGCGCACCGGCGGCGGCGGCGGCGGCAGCAGCGCCGGUGGCGUUCAGCGCGAACAUCUUCGGCGCGGGCUCGUCGUCCUAGCCGCGCCGCCGCCGCCCGGCCCGGCCGCGCCCGUGUACAUAGUGCCCAGUGCGGCGUCGACGGCGCGGUCUCCGGCGGCGUCUCGCCGGCCGCCUCGCCCCCCGCGGCUACCGGCCUCCGACCACACGCGCCCUACGUACAGAGUAAGCUGUCGUCAGUCAGUGGUCGAUCUCGAAAAUGUUAAUCGUUACAUAGAAACAUGAUAACAUGAACUACCUACCACAGAGACACUUGGUACAAUGUUGUCGUUGGGGUUGUCCCUUCCUGUUUUAAAACAAAUCUUUCCUCUUUAUAUAAUAUUAGUUUAGACUAUGAUAUUGUGGUAUUAUCAUAAUAAUUGAAGAUUGUGUCCCACAAGAAAAACCGACUUCAAUUGUGACAAAACCAGUUAAAGUUAAUUUUGGUCUAAAAAUUAACUACUGACCCGAUUUUAAUAAAAUUUCUAUGGGACCAAUCUGUAAGUAUAUCCAUUCAGAUAAGAAAAGAAUUUUCCAAAUCACUUUGGAACUGUCGGAGUUACGAGGUAACAAACAUAAAAAAGACAACCAAAUUGAGAACCUCCAUCUUUUUGAAGUCGGUUGAAAUUGACGACCUACUGGCGAGUUUUACUUUAUAAUUAUUUAUACUUACACUAUGAAAUUUUUCAUUUACAAUUGUCGAGACACAGGAAAAAAGUAUAACACACUAAUCCUCAAAGAUUGCAGUGCGUGACAAUUACCCUGUGUAUUUUUAUGUAUUGUCCGUUAUCUUAUUUGCAAUUUCUAGUUGUAUAGAAUAUUUUAUAUAUACUAUAAAUAGAUAUAUGGAGUAGUGAUGAUCACAGUAUCGUUCAUGUUUUCGCGUAACGAUUCGGAUUUUCCAGUUUGAGCACUGGCUGAAGCUUACACUCUGUACGUGGAUCCCCUGUGUCCCGACGGCGAGCUCGGCUCCCGUAGACGUACUUUUUAGUUUUGAAAACUUUGUCAGUUAAUAUCCGCAGUUGUAAAAUGACUAAGUAUCAUUUACAGAUUAAAAUUGUUUAAGAUUAUGCUUACUGUUGACUGUAUUUAUUGAGCGAGUGAUAAAAUGUGAUUCUCCAUUUAUGAAUGGUUUCAUCCUUUUAUCACUAGAGAAAAAAAAAUAAAAAUAAAACUUGGGACUAUCCCUUGCAUAUUAUAUAAGUUAUCCAUAUUAAAAAAAUUAAAAAUA